GUAUAAUGGGGGUCCCUGGUUAACUAGUGUUGUGGUGCCCUGCAGGGUCAUGCUGAUGGAACAGGACACUCAGUGGCUGUACCACCUCCUGGCCGAGGUCCAGUUGGAGAGGUUUUACCUGUGUGUCCGGGACAGCCUCAACAUCACCCGCAUAGAGCAUUUUGCCUACGUCAAGGAGUCUGACCUCAAACAGAUCGGCAUCAGCAAACCAGGUCAGUACACUGUGGUUAUUUUUGUCAUUUUAUAAAUUUUUCAAUAGCUCUUUUUGGUAACACUUCCUAUGAAAAGCUCCUAUGUUGUGCACCAUAAUGCACUAUGAAUGGUUCAUAUGGGAUUAUAAAUGCCCUUAUGAAGAGGGUAUUCAUAUGAAGUGUAACCCUUGUUUGUAUGUUGUAUGGCCAUAUCUUUUUAAUUGAAUAUGGGUAUUUUAUGUCUACGUGUAGGACAGAGAAGAUUAUGGGAUGCUGUGAAACGCUACAAGAUCAACAUGAGGCCUAAGUCGUGGAUGGUCAAGGUAAGACCUUUCCACAUCUCUCAUGUCCCUCCAAAAUGCAAUUUACUAUUAUAUACCAUUUGUUACAAGGUAGUGGUGAAUUCUUUGAAAUAAGUACCAGACAUUACUGAUUGACACAACAUAAUAAUUGGAAUGCUCACCUGUCACUCAUGUUGAUCUGUUGGUCCCCCAGGCGUUCAGUGGGUGUGGUCCGGAGGGGGGUGACCAAUGGGGCAGUGUGGGGUCGGGCCAGGGGCAGGGCCAGGAGACAGGGGGGCGGGCCCUCACCUGUCUGAUCCAGGACGGUGAGCUGACUCUGGGUGAGAAGCUGGGAAUGGGCUCCUUCGGCGUGGUGAAGAGAGGAGAGUGGCAGACCCCCACUGGAAGAGUGGUGAGUGGAUUUGUUCAAAUGUAUGUUGCUUCUAGUGGGACACUAUUUAACUUUUUAUUUUACUCACCAAGUCCAACGUUAAAAGGCAGAGCUAGGUUGCCAGUUUAGAAAGGCACAGGGCAAGAUACUGUACCUUCAAAAGGAUCAAUAGAAAUUGCAUAACAGAAAUCAAAAAUAAUUUGCAUUAAAGUAUAUCCCCAAUCAAUUUAAAUUGCAUUAUAAUCUAUCCCAAAUGAUAUUAAUCAGUACACCCAACUCCUCCAUCCUUCCCCUUCUUCUUUCUGUUGCCAUGACAGCUGCCGGUGGCAGUGAAGUCUCUUAAAAGUAGUCAGUCCAGACAGACAGACACCCUGACAGACUUCCUCCAGGAGGUGACCACCAUGCAGUCUCUAGACCACCCCAACAUCAUCCGCCUCUACGGAGUGGUGCUCACACAGCCCCUCAAGAUGGUGAGAAUGACAUACUCUCUAUCCUCUUAAAGAUGGAGUGUAAAACAUAUUUAGUAUUAUUCCUAUUUCUGCAUUGUAAUCCUGUCUCCUUUCAUGCCUGGGCCUUUGCAUAGGCUAAUAUUCUAAUUGGUAGAAUAGUUAUUCAAAUACAGGCAUGCACAUUUAAAUAAACAUUCAAUGGCCAUUCAGAUGUUAUGUUUAUCACAGAAUUCACUCAGGGAAUUUGAGGGAAAAUGUAGAAUCCUCAGUGCAAAGAAGUCACUUUAAAACCCUCUUCUUCUUCUCCCAGGUGACAGAGUUGGCCUCUCUGGGGUCCCUGUAUGACACGCUGCGCUCUCACCAGUACGAGUACCCCCUGGCACGCCUCUGGCUCUUCACCACCCAGAUAGCAGCAGGUAUGGAGUACCUGGAGGGUCGCAGGUGAGGCACGAAACAGUCCCACCCUACAGACAGACUACAACCAAAUAUACAAUUUUAACCACUAACUUUACUGUAACCCUAAAUGUCAACAAUUCCUCUGACCAACUUAAUACAUACACUACCGUUCAAAAGUUUGGGGUCACUUAGAAAUGUCCUUGUUUUCGAUAGAAAAGCAUUUUUUUUGUCCAUUAAAAUAACAUCAAAUUGAUCAGAAAUACAGUGUAGACAUUGUUAAUGUUGUAAAUGGCUAUUGUAGCUGGAAACGGCUGAUUUUUAAUGGAAUAUCUACAUAGGCGUACAGAGGCCCAUUAUCAGCAACCAUCAGUCCUGUGUUCCAAUGGCACAUUAUGUUUGCUAAUCCAAGUUUAUCAUUUUAAAAGGCUAAUUGAUCAUUAGAAAACCCUUUGACAAUUAUGUUAGCACAGCUGAAAACUGUUGUGCUGAUUAAAGAAGCAAUAAAACUGGCCUUCUUGAGACUAGUUGAGUAUCUGGAGCAUCAGCAAUUGUGAGUUCGAGUACAGGCUCAAAACGGCCAGAAACAAGGAACUGUCUUCUGAAACUCGUCAGUCUAUUCUUGUUCUGAGAAAUGAAGGCUAUUCCAUGCAAGAAAUUGCCAAGAAACUGAAGAUCUCGUACAACGCUGUGUACUACUCCCUUCACAGAACAGCGCAAACUGGCUCUAACCAGAAUAGAAAGAGGAGUGGGAGGCCCCGGUUUUAUUGCUUCUUUAAUCAGCACAACAGUUUUCAGCUGUGCUAACAUAAUUGCAAAAGGGUUUUCUAAUGAUCAAUUAGCCUUUUAAAAUGAUAAACUUGGAUUAGCAAACACAAUGUGCCAUUGGAACACAGGACUGAUGGUUGCUGAUAACGGGCCUCUGUACGCCUAUGUAGAUAUUCCAUUAAAAAUCAGCCGUUUCCAGCUACAAUAGCCAUUUACAACAUUAACAAUGUCUACACUGUAUUUCUGAUCAAUUUGAUGUUAUUUUAAUGGACAAAAAAAUUGAUUUUCUUUCGAAUACAAGGACAUUUCUAAGUGACCCCAAACUUUUGAACGGUAGUGUAUAUUUUUCCUCAAUUUCCGUAAUGCCAAUGAAAUUUGAGCAGAGGCGGAAGGAAGACACUUCUAACCAAUGAAAAUGCUGUGAAUCAUUCCUGGUUGUAGCCAGUAAAGUGGGCCUGUGCUAUAUCUCCCCCAGGUUCAUCCACAGGGACCUGGCUGCCCGGAACGUUCUGCUGGCCUCCAGGGAGAUGGUGAAAAUUGGGGACUUUGGUCUGAUGAGGGGCCUGAGCCAGGAGACGGACCACUACGUGAUGACGGCCCACAGACGCAUCCCCUUCGCCUGGUGAGCUGAGGGGGAACAUCAGGGAGAUUUUGGGAGGAUAUAUCAUUGAUAUGUCAUUGAUUGUUUAGCAGUGUGACUGAAUGGAAGCCGGUGUGGAGAGGGGUGAUAUCACUACUGUAGGAUUUUCUUUGGUGAAUGAUUGUCAGUUUGUAGUAAUUCCACCUCUCUCUCGCUCUCUCGCUCUCUCGGUCUCUGUUUUUUUUCCAUAUCUCUCCUCCCACGCUCCCUCCAGGUGUGCCCCAGAGAGUCUGCGGGUGGGCUCUUUCACCCACUCCUCUGAUGUGUGGAUGUUUGGGGUCAUUCUCUGGGAGAUGUUCACCUACUGCGAGGAGCCUUGGCUGGGGCUAUCUGGCAAACAGGUAUGUGUAGAAAAAGGUAUAGAAAUAAUGUAUGGAGGAGACACCUUGUACACUGUGGUAGAGACCAAAUGUUGGAGCAGCCUUAAGGGCAGUAAGUAGCAGGAGGCAGCAGGAUCCGGUGCCAAAAUAGUGUCCAGUUUAUUAACAGUGAAAGGUGGAUCCCGGUGAAUGACGAAAUCCAAUGAAUAUUUACACAAUCUACAAAGGUAUUUACAAAAUGAACAGACUCUCAAAAUACAGGUUUUAAUAUAAAUCAAAAACCUAAGCCUCAAUCAGGCCUACCCUGCCAAACCAACUAAAGCAGAGCUAGAACAUCACCCCAGCUCACAUGUGAAACAGGUAGCUAGCUACCUUUAUACCUAUGGCCCCUCCCUCUGGACCAUACCAUUAAUCAUGGAGCUCUUUACCCAAAUAUGGCAUUACAUAAUGUAACAGGCAUUAUACCCACAUUUACAUAUUUUGUCUCUUAAACAUUCCUGGCUUAUCCUCAAAGCAGGAAUAUUUUCAAUUAAUGAAUAUACAUUUCAUAACAAUAGUUCUGCAGGCCAACAGGCGGCAAAACGUAUUACUUAUAGAGCCGCGCACCCGCGCACGCUCCCAUUACACACGGACAUGACAGACCAGAGGACGUGAAGCUGCGAGAUGCGAACUUCCAACACAUUACAAUCUAGGAAUAAACAAACGUCUUUCUAGUCAGUGUAGUGAGUGUUCAUGUGCACUUGAAUAUCCCAUCCACUUGGAGGAUUGAAAAAGGGUAAAAUACUGCAUUUAAAUAUGAAACUGAAAUGUAACUUCACCAUUUCCUCGACACAUAAUUAGCCUUACGCACAGUAAAACAUUUUUAUUUGUAUUUAACCUUUAUUUGAUCAGGGAGUCUUACUGAGACCAAGGUCUCUUUUACAGAUGAGCCCUGAAUUACAUAAAUUAUAGAAAAUACACACAUCAAAAUAAAUACAAAAUGCAAGCAGAAAUAAAGAUAAACACGGUCAUAAAAAACAAACACAUUAAUCAGUAAUAAGGUCCUUUUUGUAAAAGGGCUUUAUAAAUGAAAACAUAUCAAUCUAUCAACAUACAGUGACAUCAAAGAGGGACAAACAACUUUCUGGUAGAGAAUGUAGUGAUGAGUAUUAAAAUUGUUGCCCGUAAUAAAGUUCAGUGCGCUAUGAUAAACUACAUCUAACGGCUUUAAUGAAGUGGCCACAGUGUUCAUAUAGAUGAUGUCACCAUAGUCUAGGACCGAUAGGAACAUCGGCUGAAUAAUCUGCUUUCUACUAUUUAGCGAGAGGCUGGACCUAUUUCUAAGAAGAAGCCCAUUUUUAUUCUCAGCUUCUUAACUAACUCAUCAAUAUGCUUUUUAAAAGAAAGCUUUUCAUCUAUUCAGAUGCCCAGAUAUUUGUAAGUGGGGACACGAUCAAUAUAGAUACCAUCCAAAGUACAUAUGCUUAAAUCAUCAGAGUUAUGCACUCUAGAGAACAACCAUUCUACUAGUUUUACCAUGCAUUCAAUACUGAUUUCAGGUCAAUAAAGUUUUGCUGUAAUACAAUAACGGCGGACUGUAGUUCAGAUAGAGCCUGGUCAACCGUGGGGGCAAUAGCAUACACAACAGUAUCAUCGGCAUACAAGUGCAGGUAAACAUUUUUUACAGACAAGUCGAUAUUGUUAAUGUAAACAGUAAAAAGUAAAGGACCCAGAAUCGAUCCCUGAGGGACACCUUUCGUAAUAUCCAGGAAACCUGAUUUAACACCAUCAGUAGAUACACAUUGAGUUCUAUCUGUCAAGUAAUUUUUAAACCAGUUACUUGCAGCCUGUUCUAGGCCAAUUGAGGAACGCCUCAAUUAGCAGUGAGUGAUCAACAGUAUCGAAAGCCCUUGACAGGUCAAUGAAGAGGGCAACACAAUGUUGCCUUUUAUCCAUACAGUUAACCACAUCAUUUAUAACUAGGGAUGCAGCAGAUGUAGUGCUAUGACUUGGUCUAAAACCUGACUGAUGUACAUUUAGAAUACAUUUAAAAGAUAAGAAAGAUCUUCGCUGAGAAUUAAUCAAGGAUUGUAAUAUUUUAGCUAGGAAAGAAAGUUUUUAUAAAUAGGGCAAUAUUUAUUUAAGUCACAAGGGUCACCACCUUUGUGAAGGGGGAGUACAUGGGCCGCCUUCCAAACCUUGGGGAUGGUACCAGAUAUAAUCGUCAGGUUAAAAAUAUGGGUUAAUGAUUCAGCAAUCGGGGGGCAGAGAGCUCCAGCACAAAUGGAUCAAGUAUAUCAGCCCCAGUGGAUUUUAUUACAUCAAUCUUAAGCAAGGCAUCUAGCACAUUACAGAUAGUAAAUUGUUUAAAUGAAGAAAAAAAAAAUUCACUAGAAGUUGACGGGUUAACCAAGAGCAGUCGAUUGACUGACCAGGGUCAAUUAAACCACAGUUUAUCUCAAAUAAAAAGCCUGCCGAAAUAAAUUAUGAUUAAAAGCAUCACUUAUCCCAUUUUUCUCAGUUAUGAUGCCAGAGUCAGACAGAACUUGCUUAGGCAGGGAAGAAGAGGAAUUUGUACACUUUGUUUUCCAAAUUUUAGUAAGGGACCUCGGGAGUUUUCCAAAAUCUAGAAGCAGAGUCAGAGAUAGAGCUUAAAAAGUAGCUUGAUUUAGCUUUCUUAAUUGAGAUAGUACAUCUGUUUCUCAAUUGUCUGAAAGAUUGCCAGUCCACUACAGAGUCAGUUUUCCUUGCUUUGGCCCAGGCCUGAUUUCUCAUCUGAAUGAGCUCAGAUAACGCUGAACAAAAACCGAGGGUUAGAUCCACACUACAUGACCAAAGGUAUGUGGACACCUGCUCAUCGAACAUCUCAAUCCAAAAUCAUGGGCAUUAAUAUAGAGUUGGUUCUUCCACACCAAUCUCGACAAACCAUUUCUGUAUGGACCUCGCUUUGUGCACGGGGGCAUUGUCAUGCUGAAACAGGAAAUGGCCUUCCCCAAACUGUUGCCACAAAGUUGGAAGAACAAAAUUGUCUAGAAAGUCAUUGUAUGCUGUAGCGUUAAGAUUUCCCUUCACUUCAACUAAGGGGCCUAGCCCGAACCAUGAAAAACAGUCCCAGACCAUUAUUUAUCCUCCAGCAAACCUUAUAGUUGGCACUAUGCAUUGGGGCAGGUAGUGUUCUCAUGGCAUCCGCCAAACCCAGAUUUGUCUGUCGGACUGCCAGAGAACGCGUUUCCACUGCUCCAGAGUCCAGUGGCGGCGAGCUCUACACCACUCCAGCAGACACUUGGCAUUGCUUAUGGUGAUCUUAGGCUUGUGUGCGGCUGCACGGCCAUGGAAACUCAUUUAAUGAAGCUCCCGAUGAACAGCUUUUGUGCUGACGUUGCUUCCAGAGGCAGAUUGGAACUUGGUACUUAUGUAUAUAUAGUGUAUCUUUGACUCUGAAUUGUUUAAAAGGGGAAUGUUUAUCUACCAGAAGAAGAAAUAUGGAGGAGACAUUUUCUAGAGCCAACUCAGGGUCAGGAAUACACGAGAUAGUGGCUAAAUCAGAGUAGAACAUGUAAUGUAAAAACCCUUGAAGAGAAAACGUUUUAAAAUGUCUCUUCUUAAUUAAACAAGAAUUAGUAUUUUGCUGUUUCCUAUCUCUAAUACAUACUAUGGGAUAAUGAUCACUGAGAUCAUAUGCAAAUACUCCACUAGACAAAUAUUUAUGGGGGUUAUUAGUAAGAAUUAAAUCAAUCAAUGAGGAGUUAACUGUGUGCCAAGCAUUAGGAUCAUCUGUGUAGAACAGAAGGUCUCCUUUUAUUUCCUUGUUCACUUUUAGGAUGAAGUCUGCCCUCAGAGUCUCUGGGGAUUCUCUUAGCAAUUUAUUUUGAAUUUAUUUUUUUCUGACACACUUGUAACAUUUUCAGGAUACGUGAUGGCAAGGUCUCUGAAACAAUGCUUAGAGAAGGCAUCCAUCUUCAUCUCCAUGGUGACCUCUAAACAAUGCACUAUGCUCUAGAAUGAUGUACAUGUGCCUCUUGAUGAAAGCACAAAUAAUGCACCUAUAGAUAAAUGCACUUUCUAAACAAUGCACUUUUAUAAAUAAUACAAAUAAAGAUGUUAAAUGUGUUUUUCAAUUAAAGAACACAUUACACAUACAUUAAGAUACUCUCUCAAUGUUCAAAAUGUUUCCACCUCCUUUCCAAGUGCUCUUUUGCUGGUUUGGUUGUUCAUCUGAAUGCUUGUUUACCUAUCAAGGCCUGAACUAUCCUCCAGAAAUCCUUUGUCUUUCUCCCUCUGUUGGUUUUGUGUUUGUUUAUCUAUGUCCUAAUUCUUCUUGUUGUCCUUGUUGGGUUUAUAGUCCCCCUAUCCCAUUAUUUCCUUGUGUUGCCUGAUGAUUCAGCAGAUGAGUCCUGCAAGAACCAAGUCGAUCAAUCUCUCAAAACCUCUCCAAACAAUUUCCACAAAAGAAAAGUAUAUUCCAAUUCAUCUAGAUGGGCAGAACACAGCAAUACACUAAAAUAACUAAACUGUUAACUAAACAUAUAAUAAACAAUUUUUUUAAAUUGCAAUUUAAGGAGGAGCUCUUUUUAAGUGCUGCUGAUCAUUUAAUUGGUUGCUAGGAGAUGUUACUGGCAAAAGAGGAAAACAAAAACAGUAUAUGCAUUUAGGAGAAAUGAAUUACUAGAUACAGUAUAUGGGAAACAUGAAAGCGCCUAACUAUUUAUAAGGGGAAUCAAAUAAUGCGCGUUCGUAACGAGAGCAAAGGAGUCAGCUUCGUCACAUACACCUUGUAGGUAGAGCACUUUAAGUUGAACCAUGACUCAAGAGUACUCAAGGCUCCAAGCAUUUGUACGACCUCUGAAAUAAAAUACUCAAUAUUGUGUAUGUGUGUGUGUCCACAAACAUAUUCAAUAUCAUAACAAUGCCAUUUCUUUGUCAUUAAACGUUCCCCACUCUUUUUUUCUCUCAGAUCCUGUGGCGUGUGGAGCGGGAGGGAGAGCGUAUGGAGAGACCCCCUGACUGUCCUCAGGAACUCUACUCUGUGAUGAGGAAGUGUUGGGCCUGCACCCCCUCCAACCGACCCACCUUCUCCCAGCUCACCACCCUGGUCGCAGAGGUAACACUGUAAAUAUUUAUAUGUACAUUUAUUAUAUAUGUAUAAAUGUAUGCUCACAUUUACAUUAUACUCACAUAAUACACUCUAAUCCAGUGGCUCCCAAGCAUGUUUACAUUAGCAUUUAAGAGUCAAUAUGGCCAGUGACCAGAAUAAAGGUAGUUGGACUACAAGACAGUGGCAUUAAAUGGUUUUCCUCUCCCGUCUUUCCUCUCUAUCCAGGCUCAGCCUAUGGAGGUGUGUGCUGUGAGGGACUUUGCGGAACCUAGAAAACUCACCCUCCUGUCCAAUGAUCUAGUGACCAUCAUAGACCAUAGGUAAGAGAGAAGAGGGAUGGGAAGAAGAGGAGUUCAUUGUUAAACUUAGACAUAUUGCUUCAAACAGCUCAACUCUUGAACCUGAAUUCCGUUGCAUUGACUGUUAACUCUAAUCCUCACAUUCUUGCCACCUUGUAGUAAUUAUUGAGAGGGGGGUCUAAGGCCUUCAAGUCUGAGGCCACGAACAAAAGAUUUGAAGCUGACUCAAGAUUUAUAACGUUUUCAGAGUCCUAUAUAAAAGCGUGUCAAGACAGUUUAUACAAGGGUUUUAUAAUAGUUUAUAGAGAGUAAAUUAUUAGUGAAUAUGUAGUUCAUAAAUCAUCAAUAAACUGUUAAAAGUCAUUGGUUGGAAUUGUAUGAUUGUCGUUUCUUAAUGUGACCAUUUAAAUUGUAUACAUGUAUUUUUCAUAUCGCUUACUGUAUAUCUACAGUAUGUGUCUUAUAUGAUUUGACUCUAUGGUUCUCCUCCUGUAGUCUGGAGCUGUGUGAGUGGAAGGGCCAGAACCAAAGGACCCUGAUGGUGGGCUGGUUCCCCCCAAGCAUGGCUGCUCCCUCCCUCUCCGCCCCCAGCAGCACCCCUGCUCUUCCCGCCAUAGCCCCCGUCGCUGCCUCAAGCCUCAUCUCGCCCCCCCUGAAGGGCAGUCUGCAGCACACGGGGCAGGCUGAGACCCACCCCGACUGUAACUGGGGAACGCCGGAACGCCUCGAAGAGUCAGUGAAGUUUACACGUUUUGAUGAGGCUUUGAUAUAUGGCUGUUGAGCAUCAUAAUGCUAUAUGCUAGCCUAGGUUCCUGACUAUUUUUGCUGUCAUUAAUGCCACAUUGUUGCCUUGUCUUGUUCAGUAUUACAGAUAUCCGUUGUCAUAUAUUGAUAGAAAUCAAGUAAAAAUGGCAUUUGUUUACGUCUUUGUUGGUGGCCCACUAUUGGUGGUAUGCAAAUCUUACAGUGUAAGUAAGAUGAAUGCCUUGAACCUUUGUUUUUGUAAGUGUACAACCAUGACCUAUGUUUGUUUGAAUAGUGUGUUUACCUGACCUCUGACCUUUUCAGAAGUGUAAACUGGAGAAGCAGCCCAGCAAACAGAGAGAGAGAGGCCGGCUCCAAUUUACAGAACAUGUCAAGUAACAACUUCAAGAAGUUAUUCACUCUUUAUUUGAUUAUUAUAUGACUGAUACUAACAUAUUCCCCAAAUAAUAUUAGCUAAUAUUCAAUCCAUGCAUAUAAAUUGUUUCACGGGUAGAAAUCUGUGGCUAAUUGGGCACAUUACAACUCUUCUAAUCGUCUAGACCUUUGGUACCCUUCGUAGUGUACUAGCCUCGAGAGCAGAGGGUCACAAGUUUGAUACCACCCAGGGAAAACAACCCUCAACAUGCUGCAUACUGUACUUAUUUUGUACAAAACACAUAUACUGUAUAUGUUUUAUAGAACUAUCCAUCUGUCCCCAGGUAUGACCAGGAGUCUGGAGUCUGUCCUGAGCAGUCCCCAGAGCAGGACUGUAGGAGGGGUCAAGGUGGACCCCCGUCGUGGACCCCUCCCCAACGCCAUGGUUGCCCGCAGCGUCGUGGUGCAGCAGGACCCCCGUCGGUUCAGCAAUGCCAGCAUUAACCCCCCACCUCGCCCGCUCCCUCCCAACCUCAAACGCCUCAAGAUCCCCCAGGUGGCCUUGAUCAGAGAUCGGAGGCCUGUAAAUCCAGCCCCAGGCUCCUUGUGGCCUCCACAACCUCAAGAGCAUCCACAGCAGCAGAUGCUACAGCCACCCCAGCCCCAGCUACAGCAGACCAUGGGGGGCAGCAACCUGGGCAAGAUGGCCCACAUGGCACGGUCCAAACCAGCACUGGAUGACUAUGGGGACAAGGAGAGGGAUCAAGAAAAGGAGACGGUGGUGAGGGAACGAGAGAGGGAGAGGUACCCGCCUCAAAUGCAACACAUCAGGGAAGCCUUCAUAGCACAGGUAUGGAUGGAUGUAUGAUCUUUAGUUCUUGAGUUGUUAGACAUAAUAUACAAUUCAGGCUUUGUGACUGGCCUGACGUACUAAGGUCCUCUAGUCUGAUUGGUCAGGUCAUGGAAGCAGUGCAUGGAGUGACCAAUGAGGAGGUUCGGAACGCACUUCACCGCAAUGAAUGGAACCCUAUAAGGGCCCAGCAACAACUCAAGGUUAGACAGAAUUACUCUAAUUCAUACUUAAUGCAUAUAUUAUUUCCAUGUACUUCAAAAUGUAUUCUCCAUUGACCAACCUAAGAAUACAAAAAUGAUGUAAUAUUAAAUAUGAUGCACCAACCUUGUGCUCUCUCCUCUCUCUCUCUCUCAUUAUCUCCUUCCUUCUCAGAUGGAGCAGCUGUACUCUCUGAGCCUGUGUUCUCGUGACGACUGCCUAAGGAUCCUGUCCUGCUACCAGUGGGAUCUACAACUGGCCAGCCGCUACCUGUUCAGAAUGGUACGGGAGGAGAGGACUGGAGGAGGAGGAGAAAGGGAGAGGAGGGACGGAGAAAGAGAGGCACCCCCUGCUGCCAUGGAGAGACGAGGAGGAGUGUGAGAGGUGCGGGGAUGGAGGGAU